UCUCUGGUUGGAUCAACCGGUUACACGGUGCCUUAGAGGAGGCGGGGGAUAUCAGGCCCUGAAGGGUGUCAUUUAGAAUCGGAUACUCCGUGAGCGCGAGCACUAAGUAGAAUAUGACGUCAUGACGCCAAAAGGGCCAACCGGCUGAGCGGUGGUCACAGCUCUUGCGUGACGUCAGCAUUUUGCGCCUCCGUAGGAGGAAAGCCCGGAGACUAGCGCCACCGGAAGGGGAGGGGCGCUUGGCCCGGUAUCCUGGCGUGCCACUCCGUGGGCCGCGGCUACUCCGGCCGGUUUCCUCCUUCUCUUCCUGACGCGUGCUCGAGACCGUCAUGCUGUGGUUACUCUCAGCAACUAAGCUGGUUCCCGCCGUAGCAAGCUCCCGCAGCCUCUCAGGAUGCGUGUCAUGUUCACAGCGAAGGUACUCCCUCCAGCCCAUCCCAGAGAGGAGGAUCCCAAACCGAUACUUGGGCCAGCCCAGCCCCUUUACACACCCACACCUUCUCAGACCAGGGGAGGUGACUCCAGGACUAUCCCAGGUGGAAUAUGCACUUCGCAGACACAAAUUAAUGUCUCUGAUCCACAAGGAGGUGCAAGGGCAGAGCGGGACAGACCACACAGUCAUUCUGCUGUCCAACCCUACAUACUACAUGAGCAACGAUAUCCCCUAUACGUUCCACCAAGACAACAACUUCCUGUACCUGUGUGGAUUCCAGGAGCCCGAUAGCAUUCUGGUCCUUCAAAGCCUCCCUGGCAAGCAGUUACCAGCACACAAAGCCAUGCUUUUUGUGCCUCGGCGAGACCCCAGUCGAGAACUUUGGGAUGGCCCGCGAUCUGGCGCUGAUGGAGCAAUAGCCCUAACUGGAGUGGACGAAGCCUACGCACUGGAAGAAUUUCAACAUCUAGUACCCAAACUGAAAGCUGAGACAAACACACUGUGGUAUGACUGGAUGAGGCCUUCUCACGCAGAGCUUCACUCUGACUACAUGCAGCGUCUGACCGAGGCCAAAGCCAGGAGCAAGAACAAGGUUCGGGCUGUCCAGCAGCUGGUGCAGCACCUCCGGCUGAUCAAAUCUCCUGCUGAAAUUGAACGCAUGCAGAUUGCUGGGAAGCUGACGUCACAGGCUUUCAUAGAGACCAUGUUUGCCAGUAAAGCCCCCGUGGAAGAAAGUUUUCUUUAUGCUAAGUUUGAAUUUGAAUGCCGGGCCCGUGGAGCAGACAUCUUAGCCUACCCACCUGUGGUCGCUGGAGGUAAUCGGUCAAACACUUUGCACUAUGUGAAGAAUAAUCAACUCAUCAAGGAUGGGGAAAUGGUGCUGUUAGAUGGAGGUUGUGAGUCUUCUUGCUAUGUGAGUGACAUCACCCGUACGUGGCCUGUCAAUGGCAGGUUCACAGCACCUCAGGCAGAACUCUAUGAAGCUGUUCUAGAGAUCCAGAGAGCUUGUCUGACCCUCUGCUCCCCCGGAACAAGCUUGGAAAACAUCUACACCAUGAUGCUCACCCUGCUAGGACAGAAGCUUAAAGAGUUGGGGAUCGGGAAGAACAUCUGGGAAACUAAUGCCUUCAAGGCUGCUCGAAAAUACUGCCCUCAUCAUGUUGGCCAUUACCUUGGGAUGGACGUCCACGACACUCCGGACAUGCCCCGUUCCUUCCCUCUGCAGCCUGGCAUGGUGAUCACAGUGGAGCCAGGCAUUUAUAUUCCCGAGGAUGACAGAGAUGCCCCAGAGAAGUUUCGUGGUCUUGGUGUACGAAUUGAGGAUGACGUAGUGGUGACUCAGGACUCACCUCUCAUCCUUUCUGCAGAUUGUCCCAAAGAGAUAAAUGACAUCGAACAGAUAUGCAGCAGGGCCUCUUGACCCUCACUGCAGCCCACGUGUAUCUCAGGUUCAAGAGAGGUGUCCGUUGGCCUCUGGGCACAUGUGCUUUCUGAGUGUCUGUGUGUAUGCUUUGUAAUGCGUGUUCCAUUUGGGAGUGCAGCAGCUGUGUGAAGGUAUGUGAUUGUGUAUGUGGUCUUUUUUUAUUUUAAGUAACUAGAAAUCUGGAAGACUGAAUUUUUGAACUGUAUGUUACUGUAACUUUAGUAACAUUAAUUCUAUAGAAUUAAUGACCCAGGCAAGUUUAAUUUUUAAACAUAAAGAAAGAGCUCUGGUUACAUAUGUCCAUGCAUUCCAGUUAACACAUUUAAAUGUAAAGAAAAUUCUCCUUCUGCUCAGGUCUUUUCCUUUCUGCGCUUUUGCUGAGAUCCACUUAAUAUCGUAAGAUGUUUGUGUGAUGCUUAUAUUUGGAGCGAAUCACCAAGGUCUCUGCCUACACUGAAAGCCACCCAUCAGUGAUAGUGUAUGGCCAAUACAUACCUUCCAUAACUCCUGCCCACCUAUUCUAGAGCCUUCUACUGGGCCCACAUGAAGGCCUCACGUGCACUGGUGUCCUGCAGUCCCACCAUUCAUUCAGCCACAGUCCAGAUUCCGGAAACAUUAGCCAUCAAACAAACCAGUUUUGAGACUUUGUUGCUAUUUGGUUGCCUGGGACUUGGAAAGUGUUUAGAUUCUUAAUAAAAAAGGAAAUGGAAGAGAAGGAAAAGUAUAUAGGUGUCUGCUACAGAUCCAGACCGCCAUCCAUCUGUUCUCAAUCUAAAGAUGAUUCCUUUCCCAGACGUCCAUGCUUCCUUUAUAGAUUCUUAAUGCACUGACCCUCAUAGCACACCCUUGAAGCUGCCGCCCUGGCCAAGGGCAAAUCAUCUACUUACCCUGCUAGAGUCAGAGGAAUGGCACCCAGUUUUCCCUAUUAUCAUUCGGUGAUUACCUCUCUUGCUAACAAAAACAAAAUGUGGACCCCACCAAGUGCCUAUAAACAUUCUCGGAUCCUUUUCUUUCUCUGACGUUAGCCCUGGAAGGGCAGUGAUAGUCUUAUUUCCCUCAACACAGCGUUGGUUGCAAUUAUACAGGAACUCAGUUUGCAAAGUGACCAGGGCUAGAUUAUUGCAGAUGGGUUAUUGGGGAGCUUCUGACUUUAAAAAGGGAAGCUUUAAGAACUAGUGUGUGCCCCUCUUUUAAACCUGGGUAUGAGCCCAGGAUGUACAAAACGUGCUGAUUGUUAGAGCAUGAAUUUGAGGGGUUUUAAGAAAAUAUCUGUAUUAGCAAAGCACAAGCUAGGAGAUUAACACUCCCUGUAGUACUAGAGUUUGCCCAUCUUAUCAGCAAAACCCAAGGUACAGAGUCCAAAGCAGACAGGCAGUGACUUCAUCAGGAGACCAAGAUAGUGAUAGAAACCAUGUCCUGAUGGCCCUCACCCACAAAUGCUGGACUUUGCUAGCCUUAUUUCAGCAGCUGUGGGGAUGAACGGCUGCACAGCUGGAGUCAUCAUCCCCAGGCCUGCCCUCCCUCCAGCAUCUCAGUCCUGUGCCACUGUCAAAAAGAGGAUACUGAAAAUACAUUCACAACUUGGGCUUCUCACUCCCUGGGCCUCUGUGGCCCCAGCAACCCUGGGAUUGGGUUUCCUUUGUUCAUUUACAAUCCUGCAAUAAGGAAUUUCCUUUACUUCCUACAAAGCAUUUUCUGUGGUCUUCAGCUUUUUAGCUAAUCGCGUAGGUGCCUUUUCUGUAAAGCAGCGUACUUGGACGUGAAACAGACUCCUUCCGGUUGGAUUCCAAUCACGUUCUGCAGAUGUCGCGAGUAGGAGUUAGAAUGGCUGUUGUGAAUUCUCCUGGUGAUUUUUCAGUCCCUGACCCAGGGACUAUAUUGUCCUUUGAAUCCCAUGUUACCAUGGCAGCUAAACAUUUUAAUCAGACUAUCAGAACCAUCAAGAGAUGAUGCCGUGGUCAUCUCAGAGCAAUGUUUUAGGGGCUGUCUGAUGUACCCAGGAUUCGGGAGCAGGUAAUCAUGCAUAGUGCAUUCUUCGCCAUGCCACAGACAUGCCAUACAUUUCCCUCUAAAUAUAACAAAUAUAAGUCUUUGUUAUAUAAGUCUAAAUAUAACAAAUACUUCAUAUAUACAGCAGGCUGUCCUAGAAUGAGAACCUCGAUUUUAAAAACUCCUUCAAAUAUUCCACUGGAAUCUGUCUCCCUGAACUGAAGAGAUGAGGUUGAAUCAUUAAUGAUACCAUCUAAAUGAAGGCAGCAGAUCUAGAUAGGCUCUGCCUUUUAUGUGUUUAUUUCAGGAAUUGCUAUUUUUUUCUCCCUUAAGGAAAAGGACUGUGUUUUUUACUUGAAACACAGCAAUGGAAACACUGGAGUAAAAACUCUCUUAGUCCCAAGUCAUAAUAUCCAAGUUAGAAAGGUACCUCAAGGUGACUUCAAGCUCUCUGUGUGCGUCUUCUUUCAAAAUAUUAUUUUCUCAUUAAUUUUUAUAAGGUCAGAAAGGGAAAACUCCUAUUAUAGAUGUUAUAUCUUAAUUGAGAUUAAGAUCCAUGAGAUAAGUUAAAUCCCCCAGAUAAAGACAUUGUAACUCACAGAAAAAUUGGGCUUUGUAUAUUUUUCAAAACGUACACAGUCAACACCCUCUUCAGCUUUCUUAGUAAAAGAAAGCUUGCAAAUAUGAUACAUGAGAGCUGCCUCUGCUUCUCCUGUGCCCAUGUCACAAGUCAAGUACAGGGACUGUUCCAUCAGCCCAGCUAUCAGGAAACACAGUGUUUCAAAUAACUGCUACCAGUAAAACAGUUGGAAUUGGAAUUAGACCCUACCUGCCAUCCCUCACCUGGCAUUCAAUAGAUGAGAAUGUAACUUAUUUGUGUGUGUAUUUUAGAAACUAAGUGAGGGUUCAGGAUGGUGGCAGCAUAAAGGACUCUGCUUAGAAGAGGUUUUUAUGGUUUUGUUAAUUUUUAAAAUUUAAGUUGUUAGGGUUUAGUUUUAAGCCUGGGCUAAUAUACUUCAAAAGCUGAAGUGUUUAAUACUCCGGGUAUAAUGAGAAGGUGAAUUCAUCUUGAAAGCCUAAUGUUAGAGCAGAAUUCCAAAGCACGUGGGUCUUGGCUGCUCCUUACAUCUGCUUCACUCAGGAACUUGGGGUAAGCAUCAUUAUUGUUCAGAUCAGGGAUCCUCAUGAAAUCAAGACUCUUGGGGUGUGCUUCAUGAGGCUCUGAGAGAACUAGAAUCUUUGUUAGCAUUUCUUAAUGCUUUGUAUGACUUUUGUGCAAUUAUAUAAAUUCAAUUUGGACAAAACGCUGUUACUGUUAAGGCUCUGUCCACUGAAAAUAGAUAAGUCAUCCCCCAACAGGGGAAAAGCAUUUGUUACUGUCAUUUUAAAAAUAAACUGUAAAACAAUAUAAAA